AUAAUACAUUGUAAUUAUGAUAAUUACAUGUAAUUAUGAUAAUUAGACCUAUCCUCUCCGAAUUAUUCCAACGAUACAAAUUCGAUAUACGAUACAUAUUUGAUAUAUAUGUAUAUAUAUAUUUUUAUUUUUAUUUAAAAUCAAGGCUGGAGUUGUACGAAUGGUCGCCACGAUGGCCUGAUCGAUGGCACGCGACAGCGAGAACGGUGUUCAGACAGUCCGUACUGCGCAUGAAAGCGCACAAUGUCAGUAAUCCUCCAUCGGUCUCAUCCAUGUGCCGAUCCAGCCGAGCCGGUCAAGACGAGAGACACCUGCUAACCUCUUCGUCUUUCCUCGGCCGGACGUACGCUCGAACGACACCCCCGCCCGGGAACGUUCCAUGCUCGCAGCUAGAAUGUCUAAUUUACGGAAAUUCAUAGACAUCGGAGCCAAUUUAACAGAUUCCAUGUAUCAAGGAGUUUAUCAUGGGUCCCAGAAGCAUCAGCCAGAUUUGGAUAAGGUUUUAGAGCGUAGUUGGAAGAAUAAUCUUUCAAAGAUCAUCAUUACGGCAGGCAAUGUGGAAGAAAGCAAGAAGGCUCUUGAAAUAGCGAGGACCGAUGAUAGAUUGUAUUCGACGGUCGGUUGUCAUCCAACCCGCUGUAAUGAAUUCGAGGAGAGUGGCAAUCCAGAAGAGUACCUGAAAUCAUUGUCGGAUCUGGCACUAAACAACAAGGAUAAAAUCGUCGCUAUUGGCGAGAUGGGCCUGGAUUAUGACAGACUGAAUUUCUGCUCAAAGGAGACUCAAAAAAAGUACUUCGAGUUGCAAUUGUCUCUGUGUUCUACAUUAAAGCUACCGAUGUUCCUGCACUGCCGCAACGCCAGCGAUGACUUUGUACGAAUUCUAAGGAAGCACAAAAAUGAAUUAACGCCUGGUGUCGUACACUCCUUUGACGGCAACCCGGAAGACGCGAAUUCCAUACUACAGUUAGGUUUAUACAUUGGCAUCAAUGGGUGCUCGUUAAAAACAGAAGAAAAUCUCUUUGCGGUCACUACCAUUCCCUCGGAUAGACUCAUGAUAGAAACCGAUUGUCCGUGGUGCGAGAUUAGGCCAACACACGCAUCUGCGAAAGACGUUAUCACGCAUUUCCCGUCUGUAAAAAAAGAAAAAUGGCAGGCGGAUCAAAUGGUUAAAGGACGGAAUGAGCCUUGCACGAUAGUUCAAAUAUUGGAAGUUUUAGCGCGGAUCAGAGACGAGGAGGAGGAAUAUCUGUGCAAUCAAAUAUACAAGAACACGAUGAAGCUCUUCUUCCCGUACGAGUUAUAGUGUGUUUUCCAGCUUUUUCCAGAGAAGAGACAUACAUCCUGCAAUCUCAGCACAAGAAACUUCCGACAGUCGUAAAAUAAAUGUUCUGCCGCAUGUUGCCAAUAUGAAGUGGCGAAUUGAAAGUUAUAAGAGAUAGAAAACGCGAGAUUCCACGAGAAUGUAGAAAUGAGGGAAAUGCUUUCUAAGUUUAAUUACCCGUGACUGUCUGUUCGCGCUGGAGCAAAUAAAUUUUCUGCGAGCUCAUCAAAAUACUAUCUCGGAUGUCGCGAAACAAAUAAUAUAUCAUAUAUUAAGUGCUAAGUGCUGUGUAUAAGCUAUGCUCUUUACCUGGCUGCGCACGCGAUCAUUGUUAAAUGCAGAAUGGCAUUGUUAAAGAGUAACACCACGCUUGGAUUUUACGAUGUAACUGGAUCUAAUUAGUCAUUUUUGUCUGUCAUUCCGUUUAUUGAGGUCUAUAGACUUUAUAUACGUGGCUCUCUUUUUAAACCUUUUAAAAUACACUUUUACAAUCUCUUGUACGGUUCUUGAUUUUAUAUGAUAAACACAAAAAUAUAUUCUCCAUUUGAGUUUACUUAUUUAAUGAGAUAGUAAUUAACUUUGUAUGUCUCAGGCAGUGAAAAAGUAAAUUUCUUUCUGCAAAUAACUGAUGCAGUACACGAUUGUUGCUUAAAAAUAUGUGCAGAUGUUUUUUUAUUCUGUGCACGAGAUAAGCGUGUUAAAACAUACUUAUCGAAAUAAAAACAUUUUAAGUGUGAUAUA